AUGGAUAAGCAUGGCGUUAAGACCCCCUUGUGGAAGAAGGAACUGGAGGAGCCCCGGGCCGGGGAGGCAGAAGAGAAAGAGGAGGAGGGGUCGGAGGAGGAAGAGGAGGAGAGGCAGCCGGCGGAGAGCGCGGCCGAGGGCGAGGAGGAAUACCCGGUGGCGGCGGAGGACGAGGGCCGCAACCGGGGCUCAGUGUCCUACUGCCCACUGCGCCAGGAGUCCAGCACCCAACAGGUGGCGCUGCUGCGGCCCGCGGACAGCAGCUUCUGGGCCUGGUUCAGUCCCUUCGCGCUGCUCGGCGGCUUGGGGGCUCCCGCCGACAGAAAGCGAAGCCUCCCGGAGGAGCCCUGCGUGUUGGAGAAGCCGCGGCGGCGGCCGCGCGGCGGGGGCUGUGCGCGCUGCGAGAUCCUUUUCUGCAAGAAAUGCAGAAGCCUCCACAGCCCCCCAGUCUACGUGGCGCACUGCAUUCUGGAACACCGGGACCUGGGUGAGGCGAGGGCUUCAGGAGGGGCAGGAGCCGCCGGGGGCUCCUGA